CAGAAAACCUCUUCCGUAAAUGGCAGGUUUACGAGGUUGAAGCCUGGUUUUGUGGUUGCUUGCCAUGUCUGGGCCUCCAACCAAGAAGAGGCGGGGAGAAGGUAAUAGGAAGAUCACCCGUGAGGAACUCAAGGGAAUCGUCUCCAACGCCAUCCAGAUCAAUCAUCCCACGGCUUCACUUGCUCUUCUCUACAUUAUCGACGAGUAUGACUUUCACUUAGAGUCUUUACAAGAAAUCAUUCUGGAGAAAGGUUUGGAUGCAAGCUUCUCAGAUGUUAAGUACAACCGCAUCGCUCCGUUCGUUGGACUCGACCCUCUUGAAUUCCUCCAAGAUAUUGAAACUUUCGAGCUCCAUCGUUCUCGUAUCCCUACCGUCCUUUUGAGAUCCAUUAUAGAAGAUAUGGAUAUUAUGUUAAAGCAAUAUGGCCCUGUUUUUGUACAUGAAACCGAAGAGGCUACAUCCCGCCUCCUCUCUCCAAUAUUCCACCGCCUCAUCGCAGAGUUUGGCUCUGCUUUCAGGAACAUCCCAGAGUCCAUCUUAGGGGGUCGUGUUACUACGAAAGGGAGAACCGAGUACUACCUCAGGGCGUUUGGCUCCGUCUCUGUUCUUGUCAUCGGAUUCGAGAAAGUUGGAAACGAGAGGGAGUGUUUAAAUGCUAUCGCUCAAGUAAUAGCUGAAUGUAAUGCAUGCGAUUGGAAAAAUUCAAUAGCAGGUCUCGCAGUGCCUGUGUUUGGGAUUCUUUGGGAUGGCACCUUCUUUCAAUUUUUCAAGUUUGUCGGGGCUCAGAAGAUUCCACAUUCGUUUCUUCGCGGAGCCUUCGCUGGUGAUCCCCCAAGGUUUCAAAGAGGUCUCAUGCUUCCAGAUCCAACUACCGAUGGAACUACCCUUCCUUUCAUCCAGGUUGUACGCUUGAUAAGUGAGACAGUCUUCGACCUGUUGCUAUGCGCCCACCUCUGGAGCAUCGAAGCUUUCCGUGACCGAUCUGUAAACAGGGGCAGUGUCGCGGGGAAACGAAAGCAGGGCUCUGGCAAAUGGGACAAUGCUGUGAAUUCUGCCCAGCAGGCAUUGAUACAUUUUCGACAUGCAGACGAAAAGCGCCAGAAAAUGGACAAAGAUGGUGCUAAUCAAGCUCUUUCAGCUGCCCAGGCUUUUCUUACACGCAGCAUAGAAGAAGUGCCCACUACCACCCGCACCAUCAUCCCAUUCAUUACCGACUGGGAUGAUAACGACAUUGAGCUGGCGUGAAUUCAAGGAUUUGAUUUGUAGCACGGACCAUCAUGAUGACUCCAUUUACUGUACUCACACGACCAAACUCAACCUAAUAACGUCCCAUAGUGGAACGGACAAUAGUCAUGUGCUCGACAUGGAAAAUGUCUCGAAAAUGAGGGAAAUUGAUUCCAGACCAACUAGAGAUAGCUCAUAUAUUAUUA